AUGUUAUCUCGAGUUAAAUCUGUCAGUGUAGAAUUACAAAAAGCUGAUUUUAUAGGAGCAUCUGCAGACAAUAUUCAAUUAAUUCGAGCAAAUUUAAGUCAAUCAACUAUAAAUAAUGAACAAAUAAGUCAAGAUUUAUUUGUUUAUAAUACAAUUUUACCUAAUGGUACUUAUGCACGAAAUAAAACAUUUAUUAAAAAUGGAGAUAAUAAACAAGGUUUAAAUCAAUGGAAUAUCACAUCAGGAAUAAUUGAAGUCAAAGAUUCUUGUUUUAUAGAUAAAAAUAAUUCAACUAUGAUUCAACGUAUAAAUACAACAGAUGCAAGACUUUAUAGUUCUUAUCCAUCAUUUAUCUAUUGUUUAUCUUUUCUCGUCCAUGGACAAGAAAAUCUAGUGAUUCAAAUAAUUCAAUCGAAUCAAAAACGAGUCAUUAUUGGUGUAAAUAAUAUUAGUCAAAUAAUAUCAUCUUCCUGCAACAGAAUUUCUACAAGCUCAUUGAAUUUUUGUUAUUGGUCAUAUUGUAAAGAUUCAAUUGCUGAAACUGAUUAUAUUGAUCUAAAAUUUAUUUUUGGAUAUAUCAAUGAUUCAACAAAUAUUAUAGCUGUGAAAGAACAAAUGUUUUGA